GAGGUGCCAGGACGUGCACAAAGCCAGACGCAGCCAUGUGGUCCUCCUGUGUGCUGAUCCACGCUAUCUUGGUGUGCCUUGCCCAUGCAGGGAUCCCUCAUGAUGCCAUCCACUGGACCUACACGGAGGGAGCUUUGGACCAGAUGCACUGGCCCACCAAGUACCCGGCGUGUGGGGGCAGGAAACAGUCCCCAAUUGACAUCCAGAGACGCAGCGUGAGACACAACCCGGAUAUCUUGCAGCUGGAGCUCAGUGGAUACGACGCUCAGAGGGGGACUUUCCUCAUGUCCAACAACGGCCACUCAGUCCAAAUCGACCUGCCCCCCACCAUGAAGAUCACCAAGGGCCUGCCGGGAAAAUACACCGCUGUUCAGAUGCAUCUUCACUGGGGGGGCUGGGACCUGGAGGCCAGCGGAGCAGAACACACCAUCGACGGCAUCCGCUACAUGGCAGAGCUCCAUGUGGUUCACUUCAAUUCAGACAAGUACAAGAGCUUCACUGAGGCCAGAGAUAAAUCAGACGGGCUGGCGGUGCUGGCGUUCUUCUAUGACCAACUAGCUGGACCUACCUUCCUCAGCACCCCCAUCCCAGCAGGACCGGGCUCAGGACUCCAAGCGGGGAUGGGUGUGGCUUCACGUCAAUCCAUGAACAUCUCCAGCCUGGAUGUGCGCUCCAUGCUUCCGGAGAACAUGAACCAUUUCUUCAGGUACCAGGGGUCCCUCACCACGCCCCCCUGCUAUGAGAGCAUCUUGUGGACGGUGUUCGAUACCCCCAUUACUCUUUCACAUAACCAGAUCAGGAAACUGGAGAGCACACUGAUGGACAUCGACAACAAGACCCUCUGGAACGACUACCGCGUCGCUCAGGACCUUAACGACCGAGUGGUGGAGUCGUCCUUCUUGCCGCGGCUCGGGAAAGGAACGUUUUGUCGACAAGAAGAAAUCGAAUCCAAGCUGCUGAAAAUCGAAGGCCUGAUCACGUCUCUUGGGAAGAACGUGUACUCAGGUGAGGUAGUACACAAGCUCACUAGGAGGACCACAGCACUCACGCCCAAGCAAACACGAACCUGCAGCUUUGUUCCCUUUGGUGCUCAACUUCCAGCCAGAGAACCUUGGAAGUUAUGCAAAAGCCCACCUGGGCCGGCCCACGGAUCUGGACUCCUUCACGGUCUGCAUGCACGUGUGGCCGGCGGUGGAGGGGUCCCACACGGUCAUCUCCUCCUCCAGCAGCAGCGAGCAGCACAAGGAGCUCCUGAUCUCCAUCAGCGAGGACCGAGACGGCAGGGAGGUGGGCCUCUGGAUUGGCAACGAGUUCGUCAACUUGCCCUUCAGCUUCCAGUCCCACAGUUGGGCCAACUAUUGCGUCACGUGGUCGUCCCGCACUGGGGGUGCGGAGCUGUGGAUCAACGGCAUGGUGGGGGAGCGGCGCUACCUCAAAAGUGGUUACACCAUCAGCUCCGGGGGGGUGUUCAUCCUGGGAAACGACCAAGACGGAAUGCUGGGCAUCUCCAACAUGGAUGCCUUCGUGGGGAGGAUGACGGACGUGAACGUGUGGGACUACGCGCUCAGCACGGCGAACAUUCGGGACCAGAUGUCAUGUGAGAGGAACGUCACGGCCCAGGGAAACGUCUUCAGUUGGGGGUCCACCAAACUCAGCCUCUACGGGGGGGUGCAGCUGGACAGUCAGUACAGAUGCUCCUGAAGAACGCGUCCACCUUGAUGAUGCUCCCGCUUCAUGGCGUACAUGGGAAUGUUUAAGGGUACUGUCCAUAUUUAGCAAGUAUUUAAUUGAAGUAUUUAGCAUACUUCAUGGAAGCUUCAGGAAUCUGCCAAUAAAGCAACUUUAAUGCUUCUACCAACCAACCAUGGCUUUCAUGAUGUUUGAUCCUACCAAAACGUUGUAGAACCAAUACAUCCAGUCCCAUGCUAACCCCCCAGG